AUGCUGCCCUUGACUUUGGCCUCUCUGCUGCUUGCUCUCGCACCUGUGCUCAAGGCGCAAGAUCCCGUCAGACCGUAUCCUCUGCCGGAUUCAUUCUUGCCGACUACUUCCAUCCUCAAUCACUCAUCGUACGUUGAGGACUUUGAUGAGCCACAAUGGUACCUUGAUAACAUCCCCUUUGUCGACUUCCCAGACCCUGGAAUUCAGCAGAUCUACUACUAUCGAACGUCAGUGCUAAAGCGCCAUCUGGCGUACGCCCACGAAGGUCAUGGCUGGGUCAUAACCGAGUUUAUCCAGCCAGUUCCAUGGGCCAGCAAAUUCCAGUCAAUUCCCGAUUCUGCCCCUCAUCAGAUACUAGAAGCCAGGUGGCUUCGUGAGCCGAGCUAUGUCAACGAUGUGACUCAAUUGUACACUAGGGGAGGCCUGGAGAGCAUUGCUGGAGUGACUUACACUCAUUACCUGCAAGACUCUUUCAUGGAAGCCGCGCAAGCCACUGGAAACUUGGCUUUCCUUCAAGCUCAACUCGAUGGCAUGAUUAAAAUGUACCAUCUAUGGAACACCACGAAAGACCAAACCACUGGCUUGUACCAUCGAACCCCGCUGCUUGAUGCUCAAGAAUUCAGUCUACCUGGAUAUGUCAUUGGCGGGCCUGAGGGAGGCUCGGUCGAUGUCUGGAAUAGCUUUCAAAACAACUACUCCAUUAUAUGGCUCGGCCCAGAAACCUACAGGCCCUCAUUCAACACAUACAUGGUCUCUAAUGCCAGGGCGAUAUCCACAGUCGCUGAGCUCUCUGGAAAUGCAGGUCUUGCAUCAACCUGGAACGCCACCGCCAACCGGCUAUUGCAAGCGAUGCAGAACACUCUUUGGCAUCAUGACAUACAAUUCUGGAUAGAUGUUGUCCAGGGGACAAACCUCCCCAUCGUUGGUAGGCAGCUGAUUGGACUAUAUCCGUACCGAUUCGAUAUUGGCACCGAAGAUAUGUACAUUCCCGGCAUUGAAAACUCUCUCGAUGAGCACGGAUUCAUCUCAGAGUUUGGUCCGACAACUCUCGAGCAGUCCAGCCUUUAUUUCACCGCCGAGAAGAACAUCACGUACUGCUGUAUGUGGAAUGGACAAUCUUGGCCUUUCUCAACUUGCGUCUAUCUUGGGACGCUUGCGAGGCUGGCGAGAGAAAACCGCAGCACCGUGGCAACACCUGCGUUCUUUCAGGAUGCUUUCCAGAUCUACACCCGCACACACUACGACCACGGAGAGCCCGCCAUCUUCGAGUCCCACUAUCCCGCCCGAGGCGCCUGGAGUGGCUACACCAGAAAUCAUAGCGAGCAUUACCUCCAUUCAACAUACAUGGACAAUGUCUUCACCAAUCUCCUCGGCAUCAUCCCGUCGUUCUCAGACAUGUUUGAAAUGGCGCCCCUUGUCCCCUCAAACUGGACGUACUGUGCUGUAGAGAAUCUGCCCUAUCAUGGCAACUUGCUUUCGAUUCUCUGGGACGCCGACGGCACCGCUUACUCCAAUUACAACCACUCCUCCGGUCUUUCCAUCUACGCCAACGGUGCCCUGCUGUACAAUCAGCCCACACUAGCCCGAUUCUCAGUGUCCCUGCCCAACUCGUCCAACUCCUCCAUCGCACAGUUUUCCUCCGCAACCCGGUAUGUCAACAUCCUCUCCAAUCCUAACAGUCUCGUCGCGCCCGCCUCGCUUCCAUACGCCAACGCCACCGACACAUUCUUCGUGCUGGGCAACAACCUCGGUCCGGCCGAUUCCGCAUACAAAGCCAACGACGGACUGGUGUUCUACGACAAUCCACCAGACAACUUCUACUCCAACAAUCAGACCUACAAUCCAGCAAGCUGGCUGAAUUUCACACUUCCUCGUGCGCGCGACUUCUCAUCCGUCACGAUCGCCGUGUACGACGACAGCCAACGGGGCGGCGCCCUCGCAUGUCCCGCAGGGCUCUACGUAUACGUUUCAAAUACCACAGCCGGCAAUGGUCUGAACACGAGCACGAAUGCCUCGUCGCAGGAUAGACUCGUCGCACAGCGCACGCCCUGGUUGACUUCUCAGCCCAAUUCGCGCAACACCAUCUCGUUCAAUACAAGUGUCACCGCAGACACGGUAUCGCUGUACCUGGUCAACGCGCUCCACUACGCCGUCGGCAUCGUCGAGGUCGAGAUCUGGGCGCCUGCCAAUCCUGGACCGAGAUACGAAGCAGAAGAUGGUCUCAUCGGCUUCAGCAGUCAAGGUGGAAGUGUAGGCACCAACGGAACUGUGAUCAAUGGCGGCGUCCGACUGGCCGGGCAAGGAGACGACAGGGGCAUCCUCGAGAUUGCUGAUGUCCGGACGCAGAGCCUGGCUGGAAAUGCCGGUCGAGCAAAUCUAACGAUCUUGGGCUAUGGUGGAAAUGCCACACUCGGUUUGAAUUAUUUGCACAAUGUCACCUUUGCGAUGCCGGCAGCGAGUGGCAGGAAUGUUAGCGUGGAAAUGGAUCUUCUGGCUGGUGGGAAUGUGGUUACUAUGUAUCAGGACACCGAUCAACCAGUCUGGAUUGAUGCUAUUGUCGUUUCGUGA